UGUGUGCGCUGUGGUCUUUUUGACUACCAUAAAUCAGUCAACGUAGUAGCCAAAUGAAAUAUCCUCUGUAGAUUUCAUUAUCAAUACGAUGGUAUUCAGUAAACAAUUAGCUCAACGAACAUGUGCAGAACUAACACAUCCGUGGAAUCAAAACUGUUUCCGGGCAUAUGCAACUAUGUUCCGUUACGGAUGCAUUGGUUUCAGCCAAAUGUUUUUCCCAAUUGUAUUGGCUCAAUACAUUUUCAAAGCUCGCAAAUCGAAAGUGGACAAAAAAUGUGCUCGGGCCUUUUUAAUCGACUAUUUACAGUAUGUUGGAUUGGGAGGAUUCACAGCCACUUUAUUUGUGAUUUUUAGUUGUACACUCAGGAACUUGUUAGGCAAGUUUACUCAAUCAACUGUUGCUUUUUUCCCCGGUGCUUUGUCUGCCUUAUCGUUGUUGCUAGUGACGCCAGAGUCUAGAAACUUUUUAUCAGCCGCAUUAUGCAAUACAAGUCUAGAGUCGGGCAUCAUAACGAUGCAAGAGUUAGGACUAUUUCCAAAAGGAUUGACAUCCGAAACGCUCUUUUUUAUGACGACCAACGCAUUUCUCAUGUAUUUUUCCCUGUUGUCAAAAUCUCUAAACAACAAAUGGUUUUUCCAGCCAACAAAGGAUAAUGAACCAGAUAACGGCGAUAACAGCAGCGACAACUUACAGUUUUUGAAUAGCACUCUGAAGAAAGCAAGACAAUAUUUUACUUUUGGCGUGGGCAUCGGCGUAUUCCGCACAAUAAUCGGAAACGUUACCGUGCUGGCACCAAAAAACUUUAUCAAAUUGUUCAAUAUAGACUUACUGAAAUCCGGAGUCUUUGCGGCAUCCAACGUGGUCAUCUAUGAGUCUGUCGUGCACUUCUUGCGCCGGAAAUUCCAAAAGCGGUCCACCAAAUAUGCGUUACCCGCCGGAUUUUUAGCUGGCCUACCUUACGCUGUCGAUCCAAAUCUAUCGAUAAGUCUAUCCGCUUUCAUCAACGUAAUACAGCUCGCCUAUGACUUAAUUGACGAUUUGAACAUUAUCAAACGAAUACCGAUGAGUAUGGUUACGGUUUGUUUGUUAACCGGACUUUUGUAUCAUAUUCGUUUGUUCCGGGAAAAAGAUUGUUCGAGAUUUGGAAAAAAAAUGAUUAAUUUUGCGACUAACGGGUUAGACGAAGUGAUAAUUAAGGCAUUUGUGAAACACGGCUUGUUCUCAAUAAAUUAAAGAACUUUCAUAUUAUUAUCUAUAGCAAUUCUUUUAUUUAAAAACAUGUACACAUAUAAUAGAACGUUGUAGAACAUUUAAUGUAAUAAACAUUUUCGUAAAAACGG